UGGUUUGAGGGAUCACUAAUUAAGAGAAAGAUUAAUAAUGAUGAAGAAACAGCUAAGAUUAUCAAAGUUAAGAAGAAUGGUGAAACAACAAAAGGGGAAACUCUACAUUAUGAGGAUUUGCAUAACUAUGCUUUUGUGUUGGGACAAGACAACUACUCCUAGAAUCUAUAUUUGGAUGUAA